GUAGCUGCUAUUUUAUUCUUCUGCAUUCCUUCCCUGAUUCUUUUUCCUUCCAUUUAUUAAUCAUGAAGGGAUCGACGAGAGCCAACAAAGUGUUCUCCGAAGAGUCGACCAGCCUCCCUGGACAGAAGUUCGGCCGGUUGAAGAACUACCCCGACGGGGACGAAAGCCCUAGUCCUCCGAAUUACGACCCGGACUUAUUAGGCGGCGAAGACUUGUCGUCCUCUCCAUUCACCAAGUCUCCUUGGUCCACGCACAUGUACAACAAGGAACAUACUUCUCCAGAGGCGGCCGGGGAGCCUAACUUCUCGCCGAACGUCCUCAUGGGCUCCCUUGUCCGUGAGGAAGGCCAUAUAUAUUCUCUGGCCGCCUCCGGAGACUUGCUGUACACGGGGUCGGACAGCAAGAACAUUAGAAUCUGGAAGAAACAGAAUGAAUUCUCCGGUUUCAAGUCCAACAGUGGUUUGGUCAAGGCUAUCAUACUCGCCAACGAUAAAAUCUUCACAGGGCAUCAAGAUGGGAAGAUUAGGGUAUGGAGAGUUUCAACCAAGAACCCAAGCAACCACAAACGAGUCGGGACCCUUCCGACUCUGAGGAACUUAUUAAGGUGCUCGAUGAAGCCGAGUAGCUACGUCGAGGUGCGACGACACAGCAGCAAGGUUUUGUGGAUCAAGCAUUUCGACGCCAUUUCGUGCUUGAGCUUGAGCGAGGACAAAACCUUGCUCUACUCGGCGUCGUGGGAUAAGACGUUUAAGGUGUGGAGAGCCUCCGAUUUCAAGUGCUUGGAGUCCAUCAACGCUCACGACGACGCUGUUAACGCUCUGGUGGCGGGAUUCGAUGGCUUGGUUUUCACCGGUUCGGCUGACGGAACCGUCAAGAUAUGGAGAAAGGAGUUACAAGGGAAAGGGACGAAGCAUUUCUUCUCGCAGACGCUGUUAAAACAGGAAUGCGCGGUUACGGCGUUGGCGGUAAACCCAGAAGCGACCAUUGUUUACUGUGGAUCGUCGGAUGGUUUGGUCAAUUUCUGGGAGCGGGAAAAGAAUCUCCAACACGGCGGCGUUUUGAGAGGGCACAAGUUGGCGGUUCUAUGCUUAGCGGCGGCCGGGUGCUUGGUGUUCAGUGGCUCAGCCGAUAUGGGGAUAUGCGUGUGGAGACGGUCGUCGGAGGGGGACCACAUUUGCUUGUCGGUGCUGACGGGGCACACCGGGCCGGUGAAGUGUUUGGCGGUGGAGACGGAUAAGGAGGCUACUUCCGGGGAGACGCGAUGGAUAGUGUAUAGCGGGAGUUUGGACAAGUCGGUGAAGAUGUGGAGGGUUUCGGAGCAAGCGCCGCCGAUGGUGCCGAACCAGAAGCACCAGCAUUACACGUCCGAUGGGUACUGCGUGCCCAUGUUGAGCUCCGCCCCAAGCUUCGCCUCUCGUACAUCUAUGGGUUCCAGAAGAAUUUAGCGUUUCAAUUUUUCUCAGCUGGCCGGAUAUCUACGUACCCUUUUGUUCUUUUUUUCUUGAUCUGAUUUGACAACAUUGAAGAUUGUAUACUCGGUGGAUUGUAUUGUGAUAUCAUUGUAAAACUUCACAUUAAUUGAUCAUGAGAACGUAAAGAUCACAUAACA